CCACUGUGUCCCUUCUUUUUUAACCUAAGAUUCAACCAAAUGCACUGCAAAAUCCAAUCCGCCUCAAAUUCACCCUCAACCACUAGCUGCCUCACUCUCUUCCGUCCCUCGCUUCUUCUUCCACCACACGCACACACACAAUCUCUCUCUCUCUCUGCUUUCUGCCUCUCAGGCUUCUUAGGGUAAACCUGUGGAUGAAUGACGGACUAUAGGUCGCCGCCGACGAUGAAUCUUUGGACCGAUGACAACUCCUCCGUUAUGGAGGCUUUCAUGAGCUCCGACCUAUCCGUACUCUGGCCUCCUCCACCUCAGCCCCAGUCCUCUGCUUCCAACACUACUCCUGGACCUGACCCCACCAAGCCCCUCUCUCAGUUUCAGUCUUCCACUUCUCUUUUCAAUCAAGAAACCCUUCAACGGCGCCUCCAGGCCUUAAUUGAAGGUGCCAGAGAGAGCUGGACCUACGCUAUCUUCUGGCAAUCGUCGUACGACUACUCCGGCUCGUCCUUCCUCGGCUGGGGCGAUGGGUACUACAAGGGGGAGGAAGAUAAAGGAAAAGGGAAGGCCAAAACGCUGUCGUCCCGGGCGGAGCAGGAACACCGGAAAAAGGUUCUGCGCGAGCUGAAUUCCCUCAUUUCUGGAUCAUCUGCUCCCAGCGACGACGCCGUGGACGAAGAAGUCACCGAUACGGAGUGGUUCUUUCUCGUUUCCAUGACUCAAUCGUUUGUCAACGGCGACGGGUUGCCGGGUCAGGCCUUCUACAACUCCGCCCCGGUCUGGAUCACCGGUGGGGAGAGGUUAGCGGCUUCAACCUGCGAAAGAGCGAGACAGGGCCAGGUGUUCGGGCUUCGGACUUUGGUUUGCAUACCAUCGGCGAACGGGGUGGUGGAGUUAGGAUCCACUGAAUUGAUUUUCCAGAACUCGGAUCUGAUGAACAAGGUGAAAGUAUGGUUCAAUUUCAACAAUCCAGAAAUUGGUUCGUGGCCUCUCAUGGCUCCUAAUGCCGAUCAAGGUGAGAACGACCCUUCUUCGCUUUGGCUUAACGAUCCGUCUUCUGGAAUUGAAAUCAGAGAUUCGACCAACACUACUGUUCCGGCUUCGGUUCCAAGCUCGAAUAACAGUCACAAUAUUCAGACAAUCGCAAAGCCAAUGCAGUUUGAAACCCCAGUUUCGAGUACUUUAACUGAAGCUCCAAGUGUUGUUCAUGUCCCGAACACUCAAUAUAGUAACCAGCAACGGCAAGCGGCACAGCAAUCGCAGAGCCAAGGGUUCUUUUCGAAGGAGUUGAACUUUUCGGAAUAUGGGCUAGACGGAAAUGGCCUAAAGAACGAGAAUUUGCAUUCCUUGAAGCCGGAAUCAGGUGAAAUUUUGAACUUUGGGGAGAGCAAGAGGAACUCUUAUGGUGGAAAUGGGAAUUUCUUUACAGGGCAGAGUCCAUUCGUCGCAGAAGACAACAAAAAGAGGAAGUCACCUACUUCCAAGGGCAGUAACGAUGAAGGAAUGCUCUCGUUCACUUCCGGUGUGAUUUUGCCUGCUUCUAAUAUGAAGUCCACCGGCGGCGGUGGCGGAGAUUCUGAACACUCGGAUCUCGAAGCUUCGGUGGUGAAGGAAGCGGAUAGCAGCAGAGUGGGAGAACUAGAAAAGCGACCUCGCAAAAGAGGGCGAAAGCCGGCGAAUGGCAGGGAGGAGCCUCUGAAUCACGUGGAAGCAGAGAGGCAGAGGAGAGAGAAGCUGAAUCAGAGGUUCUACGCACUUCGUGCGGUGGUCCCAAACGUGUCAAAAAUGGACAAAGCAUCUCUCCUGGGCGACGCCAUAUCUUACAUCAACGAGCUCAAGUCGAAGAUCCAGAAUCUAGAAUUAAACACUAAUGAUUUGCAGAAGCAGUUGGAUUCUGUCAAGAAGGAACUCGAGCUGGCCACUAGCAAAGAUUCUCGCGCGCCUUCACCUGAUAAAGAGCGAAAGGCCUCCAACAACCAGGCAAACAGCAAGCUAAUAGAUUUGGAUAUCGAUGUGAAGAUCAUCGGGUGGGAUGCAAUGAUUCGAAUCCAAUGCAGCAAGAGGAACCACCCAGCAGCAAGAUUGAUGGCCGCCUUACAGGAGCUAGACCUGGAAGUGAACCACGCGAGCGUGUCGGUCGUUAAUGACCUGAUGAUCCAACAAGCGACAGUGAAGAUGGGGAGUCGAUUUUACACGCAGGAGCAGCUCCGGUUAGCACUCGCAUCCAAGGUCGGAGAUGCCCGAUAGAUUCAUCAUCCUCCACAACAAUGGGGAUAGGUUUUGAUAUAGGAUUCUGGGACGAUUUUAAGGCUUCCCGGCAGCUAUCAAUCCCUGUAAAAAAACCACUGUUCCAUUAUCUGUUUCGGUAGCUAUAUCUGUUUAAUUCUGAGGUAAUUUUCCAUGGAUUAUGUGAUGGGCAAAAGUAGGUAGCUCCGAUGAAGUGAAAGCUGAGUAUUUUGUAUCAAUAUUGGCUGUUUAGAUUGUACAUAUAUUGUCAUAAAUCUGGACCUCAUCAAA